CCUACCUGCAUGUGCUGUGUGUUCUGGUGGAGACGGUGCCCAGGGCACAACAAAUUACCAAGGAAGAAAAGCACUUUUCUUGGGUCUGGGAUGGGUCACUUGGACCACCUUCAGCCUCAGAGGAGGCUUGAGGAAGCAAGGUGAGCCCUAACUGCCCCUUUAUGGAGUGGUUCUGGUCCCGCUGCAUGCUGGGGGAUAUGAAGGAUGAGGUUCCACCGCCAACUCCUAGAAAUACUGUGAGGCUGUUACCAAAGAGGCCCUGAGUUCUUUUGCGCAGAGGAAAAUAACAAAACAAAACCCCAAACACAACAACGACAAAAAGCCCAUCCGGAGUCUGGGGCUCGUUGGAAACAAAGAGAAUGGGGAGGCGAAUGCUGGAAAGCGGCUGGUGCCCUAGUUGGGCUGUUGGCUGUGGGGCCGAGUGCCCCCACCUGAGCCUCAGGGACCCAGAGAGUCCAACCCAGUGUACCUUUCAAGAAAUGGCUGGGCCAUUGUGCAGAAGAAUGCCCGGAAAUCCCGCGACUCCCUCCUCCAGCGAGGAUGGGGCUCUUCCUCCUAGCCAGGAAACUCCAAGUUGGCUUCCGGAGGGUGGCCUGGGGGCUGGGGUGGCAAAGUACCACAGAUGCUUGAAGGACAACAAGGCAUAGCCUCUUUAUGCCCCUGUGUGUCUCUGCUAUGCUGGGAUCACAGUCUAUGUGCUGGAGGAGACUGGGGACUGAGUGGUGCUGCCUGACGCACUGGACCUCGGAGGACGGAGGCAGGCAGCAUCACAGAAGAGAAAGCACAGGCCCUUGCACUUUGUAUCAGACCCGAGGCUCCAGGGAAGGAGUGAGUGUAGACAGUGGUUGGGCAGGAUCUUGGAAGAAGUUAUAUAUAAUAUAAUUAAGGGAGUGACCUUAAUUACACAGGCUUGCCUAGCAUCUCUGCUUGGUGUGCAGGGACAAAGAGUCUAGAAGUUUGUUUCACCUGUGCAGAGGGGCUCCGGGAACCUCCAUGACAAGCCUUUGCUAGAAGGGGUCGGAAUGAUCUGGGGUGUAGCGCGUGGAAAUGGUUGGUGUAGGCUAGAGGUCAUGCAAUUAAAGUGGAGAGACGGGGCACGCAGAUCACCUGUGAACCAGCCAAGGAGAGCCCCCAUUUGGACAGAAACCGGUAGGGUUUCAAACAGCUGCCCUACUGGAAGUGCUGGGGGUCGAAUGGGACUUGUCCUGCGCUCUGUGGUUUCAAUUGUAACUGCCAAGGGGUCCGCGAUUGGCUGUAGGCCGAAGGUCUGCUCAUGGAUUGGCUGGUCUGGCUCGGGGGCUGCGCCCUGGGGGCAGAGACCGCCCUCCCCAACCCCCAGACUUCAAAUAAGAAAUCCCCAACAACAGGCACUGAAGAACAGAGCUGGUGUUGGGGAUACUCCCUUCUGGUCCAUUUCAGGAGACUCCGAAACAGGCAUCACAGAACCAGCUAGUUGAGCGCACAGCCCAAGAGUCAAGCGCACCCAGACGCCCCAGACGAUCGUUCAAUCUUUAGCCAUGGGGUCCGCAGCGUUGGAAAUUCUGGGUCUGGUGCUGUGCCUGGUAGGUUGGGUGGGCUUGAUCCUGGCGUGUGGGCUGCCCAUGUGGCAGGUGACUGCCUUCCUGGACCACAACAUCGUGACGGCGCAGACGACUUGGAAGGGGCUGUGGAUGUCGUGCGUGGUGCAGAGUACAGGACACAUGCAGUGCAAGGUGUAUGAGUCUGUGCUGGCGCUGAGUGCCGAGAUACAGGCAGCUCGGGCACUCACCGUGGGCGCUGUACUGCUGGCUCUGGUGGCCCUCUUUGUUACCUUGACCGGCGCGCAAUGCACCACCUGCGUAGCCCCGGGCCCAGUGAAGGCACGCGUGGCACUCACGGGCGGAGCGCUUUACGCGCUGUGCGGGCUGUUGGCGCUGGUGCCGCUCUGCUGGUUCGCCAACAUUGUGGUCCGCGAGUUCUACGAUCCGGCAGUGCCGGUGUCUCAGAAGUACGAGUUGGGCGCGGCGCUGUACAUCGGAUGGGCGGCCUCCGCUCUGCUCAUGUGCGGCGGCGGCCUCGUGUGCUGCGGGGCUUGGGUCUGCUCCGGCCGCCCGGAGUUCAGCUUCCCGGUCAAGUACUCGGCACCGCGGCGGCCCGCAGCCAAUGGCGAAUACGACAAGAAGAACUACGUCUAAGAGCGGGAGGCACGGCGGGGCCCUUCCCGCAGCCAAGCCCGUGAUCGGAGGGACCGACGCGGGAAGCCGCACGUGGAUGGCAACCACCACUGGUUUGCGCAUCGCAGACUCCGAGACAAGUCAGGCUGGGUUCCGGCCAGGCUUUUCCGCGCCCAGAGAGUCCGCUGACCGUCACCAUCUAGACUCUCUUCAGAACAGACACUUGUGAGGACUUGACCGACCUCAUUUUCUUUGCGCAGUUGGCCGCGGCAUGGAUGCGGCUCUCGGAUUUCAUCGGUGAAGCAGACACUAAACUGCAGCUGACAGUUUCUAUUGAGCAGUUCUGGAUGCUGCCUUAAUGUCCAGUAGCUCCUACUGACCUGAAAGGGCAGCUGGAGAACCCCAGGCCCGCAGACUGGGCUGCCAGAGGCAUGUGCUAUAAAGGGCAUUUUCCUUGUUAGUGAAGAGGAGCCCAUUGAACCAAAGGACUUGGUCUGAACCUCGUCUCACUCCAGUACUCCCCCAACGGGAGCGCCUGUAGGUACCAGAGCCUUAGAGGGGCUGCCCUCCUCGCAGCUUGGGGGUGGGGCGGGGCGGGCAAGAAUUUGCUUAGUAAAUGGUUUGAACACUGUCAA